ACUCCCCUCUGUCUCCGAGUCAAUCCAGACUUUGUUAAGACUUCCACACCAGACUACAAAUGGUCGCCGAAUGGACUGAAUUCAAGGUUCUUGGCUUCGGGAUUUCUUCUGGAAUGUUUCUUGGACCCGUGUGAGGAGGAGGAGGGGGUGGAUUUAGGGAAUUCAUCCCUCUUUCUUUAAAGCUACCACCUAGAAGAAGUGAGAGAAUGGGGGCAGGAGCACUCACCAUCUGUCACAAUAAAACAGCCGUGCAGAUCAAGAUCAGGGAGGACAUGAAGAAGAUGGUUCAUCUGCCCGUGCUGAAGAAUCUGCCGACUUCUGGGACGUCCGGAGGGAAGCACGGUCAGAGGGUGUUCGGGGUGGCCCUGACGGAGCUCAGCAGAUUGGGCUUGGUGAAGGACGGCGUGCCCUCGGUGAUGAGGAGCAUGGUGGAGUUCCUCAGACAGCAUGGGCUGCAGCAGGAGGGUUUGUUCCGCGUGAGCGCCAGCGUGCGCGCCGUGGAGAGUCUGAAGCAGAGGCUGGACCGGGGAGACGAGGUGGCUCUCGAGCAUGAGGUUGAGGUCUGCGCCGUGGCCAGUUUGCUCAAGCUGUACCUCAGAGAGCUUCCCGAGGGCCUCGUUCACUCCGACAUCCACAACACACUCGUUCAGCUGUAUAACGAAUCCAAUGAGGAUGAGUUCUGCAAGAACAUGCGAGAACUCCUGCUAAAGUUACCAGACGUCCAUUACAGCGUCCUGCGCUACCUGUGCCACUUCCUCACCCAGGUGGAACAGCAGCAGAGCCACAACCGCAUGACUGCCUUCAACCUGGCAACCGUGUUCGGCCCUAACGUGUUCCAUGUGUCCCCUGGUUUUGAAGGCAUCCAGGAGCAGGAUGUCUGUAAUAAAAUCACGGCCAGGCUCAUUGAAGACUACAGCACCAUAUUUGAGCCAGACGGAGGAGAGAAGCUGCACAAAACCCAGCCUUCCAACAUCCUCAUGGUGAAAGAGGCCCACAUAGAUACAGCGCACACCGAUACCAUGUCAACAUGUCCACCGACACCAAAAGCACCCACUCCACUUCCCAGAAAGAAAAAGGCCACACGGAGCAGUCCAGUCGAAGACAAGGUCUCACCCAGAGAAAAAGAGCUGAGCCAAGAAACUCCAGUACCCACGCCAAGAAAAAAGAAGGUGAAAAGAGUGAAAGGUGAAGAAGCAUCCAGAUCAGCACCCCAGCCCGCUCCUUCCACAGGUCUUCCCUUCUGCAGACAUUUAACUCAGCCUCCAGGACACAGGGCUGAAUCUGUUCUCCACACUCUGGGCUGGACCUCUCUGGAAGAAAGCAUGGAUCUGAACCCUCCUAAACUCAGCCCCAUCAGGAGCAUGGACACCGUCAACAGCUCUCAGGAGGAUGAAAGACCAAUAUCUCCUUUCUAUGUGAGCUCCCAGCUCUCUCCUGGACAACGCAGACCCGACUUAACACUUUAUCUGGAGAAGACCAUCCGCUCAGCAGUGGAGCAGCACCUCUUUGACGCUCGCAUGCAUCCGGAUCAGGGUUCACAGCAGAGCCCAGAGGCAGCAGUUCAAGCUCCGGUUCCCGCAACCACGGCUCGUCAGAGGAGGCGACAGCAGAGAGAGCAGGACGAGAACCGGGAGAGGUGCAGGGAUGACAUUGAUAAGGAGAACGUCCCGUCUCGUGGGCUGAACAGCGGUGCUAGCGUUAGCCUCAGCAUCAGCAUCACCGAGGAGACUGAGAGAAGGCCGGUUACUGCUGAUGAAGAUUCCAGGUCCAGGAAACCCAAGCACAGCCCUACACUGACCGAGCUGUCUCGUAACCAGGGCUCACUCAGUAAGCACAGCUCACACAAGUCACAUGACAGAAACGAGCCAGACGGCAUGGAGGAACCAUAUGACGGGGAAACGUGGAAACCGAACGACUCGACUCAUCCCAAGACGCCUGCCAUGAAGAUCCAGGAGGCCAUCAGCGGCCCGGAGCCUUCGGGUGGCUGUGAGGACGUUCCACGCUUGGACCUGUCCGCUCUAAUGGAGGACAGCAACUGGGGAGAACCAGUGCCAGCUUACUCAUCAUGGCACAGGGACAACAUGGACAAUGAAGCAGCUCACCUCUCACCCCACACCGGGGGCAAAAUGAUCCGCCAGCUGCUGGAGGAAGACUCGGACCCCAUGCUCUCCCCACGUUUCUACGCCUACGGGAACUCGCAGCAGUACCUGGACGACACCGAGGUGCCUCCUUCGCCGCCCAACACACACUCUUUCGUGAGCCGGCGGCGGAGUUCUUCCCUCGGCUCCUGCGAUCACGAAUGCGAGGAACUCACGUCGACGCAGCUCUCCAAAAAGAUCCACAGCCUCAAGAAAAAGAUCCGCAAGUUUGAGGAAAAGUUCGAGGAGGACCGCAAAUACAGGCCGUCGCACAGUGACAAAGCGGCCAACCCCGAGGUCCUGAGGUGGAUGAAUGAGCUGGCCAAGCUCCGCAAAGAUCUCAAAGAGCACAGUUUGCUGAAGUCAGAGGAAGAUCUGGUUCCUUUGCCGAGGCAGCGCAGUAACACGCUGCCCAAGAGCUUCGGCUCUCAGCUGGAGAAGAAACCCAGCGAGGCCAAGGCGCCCAAACCGCCUGUGGAGAGCACGCUGGAGACGGUGAUGAACAAACUGCAGGAGAAACGCACCGAAGCGGGACGGCCCGAGGACAUCAAGGACAUGACCAGAGAACAGAUCGGUGCAGAGAAAGUAGCUCUCCAGAAAGCGCUGCUGUAUUACGAAGGCAUUCAUGGCAGACCGAUCACAAAAACAGAGCGACAGCUCAUGAAGCCGCUGUACGAUCGCUAUCGUCUCGUCAAACAGAUCCUCUGCAGAGCGUCCACCAUCCCCGUCAUUCAGGGCUCUCCGUCCAGCAAGCGGCGAGGCCCUCAGCUGCAGCCCAUUAUCGAGGGGGAACCCGCUCUCUUCUUCGACCACGGCCAGGAGGAAGAGGACGGCUCGGACGAAGACAACGAUAACAAGACGCAGCUCGCGCAGCUGACGGUCCGUCCGGAGCUGAGCAUGCUGGGAUUUUUGGACCAUCUGGAUGAAGAGGUGGACGGGUUCAUUUCACCCGUAGACGAACUUUCGCCUUCGAAGAACAGCACCGACAUGAGGCUGUCCAACCUGCACGCCGCCACCAUUCAGGAACUGGUGGAACAGCUGCAGGAAGCUCGAGAGGAAAAGAAAAGGAUCCGAAAGAGCCUACGCGAAUUCGAGGACCAGUUCUUCAGACAGAACGGCAGAAACGUGCAGAAGGAAGAUCGCUCGCCCUUGGCGGUGGAAUACAACGAGUACAAGCACAUCAAGGCCAAGCUGAAGCUCCUGGAAGUCCUGAUCAGCAAAAGAGACUCUUCGAAAUUCAUCUAGCAUCCGGCGUCAAGAGAGGCAAAGCACAAGGACAAGGACAAGGACAAGCAGAGACUCGGCUCAGUAAAGCUAAAUAAGCUAAUCGAAACCCUCCUGUUGGAGUCGCACAUCGGGUGGGAGAUUUUUGUGUUAUUUUUUUCCCCGCCGUCAUGAGCCAUCUGUAGCUCACAGGCAGUUUUGGCUGAUGAAGAUGCCCCUCCCCCGGCAAAUCCAUCCCUUUUCUCCUUCUUCUUCACCCUGUUGGAUUUCUCUACCACUAUUAACACACACACACACACACACUUGCACAGCGCGAUUCGAUCUCACGCUCCGUCUGCUGGACCGCAAACAGACGUCAUGGAUCUCACCUCCAGCGCCAUCGAACCUCCGGCUUCACGUAAGCCGCGGGCGGAUCUCACUCACGGCGUCAGUAUUGUACAAACAAACAGUUCGUCUCCGAUCACAUAAGCUACCCGAAUGCAGCGUCUGAUCCACCAGAGACGAUUAGAAACGUAUCACAGAAUAACAAACCACUUCAUUGUUUUUAAUUGUUAGUUGAUGUUGUUGAUGAUGAUCACCGCCAGUCAAAUGCUCUUAAAACAGGUUGGAUUUUGACAUUGACAUCAUUGUAUCUCACAAGCAGAACAGCGUGAUCCAAAGACGGAGUCAAUCUAAUUAGGCGAGCUGUCGGAGCCAGAGGGAUGGGUGUUACUUAAUCCUCAUCAAUCACAGCGAUAUCAGCCAAUCGGUGGCUUCCGAGGGCUCUGAGGGCGGAUAGUCUGAGAGUCGAAGCACGGAGAGCUGUUUCAAAAGAUAUGAGGGUUUGUUGGAUUGUUUUUUAAAAAGAAGCAAAUUUUUUUUUUCCAAGUAAAAAUAUUUUAAAGCUGCUUUUAACACCACACGGUUCUCAUUUCUUUAAUUAAAGGCAGAGGUUAUCACUCUGUGCUGGACUGAUCGCUGUAAACCCCGUAACCGUCACCACAGCAACACUGUUUAAAGACAUUUGACUGGCAAUUUCUAUUUAUUAUUAUUAUUAUUAUUAUUAUUAUUAUUUGUCUCAAAUCAGAUCUGAGAAGGUUAAGACAAUAAUGGGAACUUCAGGGGGGACAAAACGUAAACUACAACAUUUUACCUUUUGAGAAUUUGAUGAUAAUUCAGUAUGGUGCCGUAUUUCACACACACUUCUCUUUGACGUAUGAAUUGUAGUGCUGCCGCCGUAGACAUGUUCAUGUCGUUAUCGUAACUCUUUCAUGCUUUACGCAGUAAUUUGCUCAAAGUUUAGCGCGAAUCGUUUUCAUACUUCAUGUGGCGACGCACAAGGUCUCGACCCGAGACGACCUUUUCACGUGUUGUACUUUAUUUUGCAUUUUCUUACCGACGGCUCUAACCAGCGUUUCUUGUAAGGAUUUUGUGUAACGACGACACGGGCCAACAGCUUCACAGCAACCUGGCUGCCAUUUCUUAUUGCAGAGCGAUAGUUCUAUAAGAGAGAGAGAGAGAGAGAGAGAGGGAGAGUGAAUAGGUUUGGCUGAUUCUGACUCUCUGACUCUCAGAGUUAAAAAUUAGCAUGUUAGUCUCUCCUGUUUUUCCUCUGAAAUAGAUAUUUUGCAGUGUGACCUUCGUUUUUACUGAACGUGAACACUGAUGGUUUAUAAUGAAUAAGGGUGUGUACAUUUUAGUACAUGAUUUAUUUGUAUUUUGUACAUAAAGCAAAAACCUAUUUUUACUGAA